AGAUCUCAUUGAGAGAAGACUCCAGGAAGAUUUUCAGAUCGUUUGACUUGGCCAUGCUCACGGAUAAGUGGUGACAACUCACCAAAGACGGUUUAAAAAGUAUCCAGACGUAUCUGCUGGGGGACAUACAGGACAGAGAGAGGAUAUGGAAGUCUGAUCUCGAUCUAUCCAAAAUGGCCAGGAAGCAAGAAAAAAGAGGAGGAGAAGGAGGACCCGGUCCAGACUAGGACUUGUGACUUGCAUGCAUCUUUGUACGACUCUGCUCAGCCUAAAGAGAGCGCCUGUGAGGCUUAUUUGUCCUGCGCAGCAGGUUCAGACCAAAUCAACUGAGGGUUGUUUGUAUGCAUGUCUGCGUGUGUGUGUGUGUGUGUGGGUGAAUAUAUCUGUGAAGGCGCAGCGGUAUAAACCCAAUAUAACACAGUGGCACGUCUUUACCUCCCGCAAGACUUGACUUAAAACCUCACAAGCCUGCUGAUCAUAUGAUGCUACUUUAAGGAGCCUGGAGGGGGAUCUGUGAAUGGCGUCAUUGGAGGUUAUAACCUGCUCCAUGAUUUCAUAUUUAUGGGAUCUUCCAAAAAUGGUUUUCAUUCAUGCAACAGAAGAGGACAUUUGGUAACGAGACAACAUUUAGAGCUUUAACCCCUUUCACUCAAACCCACAAACCCUCAACGACGGAACUGACUGAGAGGCAUGCUAAUGGAGGAAGAGAACGUGUGCACCUCUCUGCCAGAUAUUACAGAUUCAGUCCUUCAGCAGCCUCUACAAGACUCAUGGACCCCAUUAGAGCACCAGUACAUCAAUGGAGAACAGCAGGCCAUUGUGUGGGGCGAGACAGAGGUACAGAUAAACCAAGCACACGAGACAGAUCAGCUCAGUCUCUCCCCGAAGGCAGGAAGAGAGACUCCUGAGGAGGCAGAACAGUGGGAGCAAAUAAUAUGGCCGGUGCACCCCAUGACCUGCACCAGUCCCCCACUUUCCUUCGCCACGGUCCAGUGGGACAUGCCUGAUCUCUCUGCAGAGACGUUCCCACUCAUGACUGACAGCAGCCUGGCCAAUGAGCUGAACUCCAGGGGCGGGACAAGCCUAGGCACCACUUCCCCAUCACUUCACGGGCGUCAAGAAGUUAAUGAAGAGCUUUUAACACAGGAGGACGGAGAGGAAGAAGAUGGGUUCGAUUCAGGGCUUCUGAACUCGGAUCUAGAGUGGACAGGAAGCACCUUCAAGCCAUGUGAUGCUGCAAAUGUGCAAGAGCCGGCGGCACAGGAAAAGGAAGAUUCAACACACGAGCUGCUAGACAGUAAUAACGAACUCUCUCUGAGGACAGACUCAGACGAAGAGAGGGGACACUCGGCGGACUCAGAUCCCGUUGUCGUGGACUUAAUUGAUAUCCUCAAAGAGAUCGAAGGCUCAGAAUGUGAGGUGGACAAUUUUGUACAUAUAAAUCUAGAAGAGGAACAGGAGGAGCCCGGCGUUCUGCUGACUGGGCAGGAAGACUCAGAGGAAGAGCAAUCCACAACGAAUGCCAUCGAGACUGAAGAGGAGAAGGAGGAGGGAGCCGAGGUAGAAGAAGAAGGUACAGAGGAAGGUGACGAGGACCAAACUGCCAGUUGCCUUGUUGAUGUGGAGGUUCCAGCAGAGCAGCUACAAACUGACAAUACUGGACUAACCAGCAACCCAGAUAAGCUAAUUGAUCUGCAACAGUCAGAGCUUUUAGAGGAAAGGCGAUGCUCAGGCAGUGAAGAAGACAUAGAGGUACUAGAACGGUUACACGAAGAACCCGCAGGACAGACUGAAGAGCCAGAAAUGUGCACAGAUGUAGAUCAGAAAGUGGACCCUGAAGUGUCGGAGGCUGCGGACGACGACAACAAAGAACCACCGAUACAAGCAGCAGAGAGGAGAGAAAACUCACAAGAGCAACUGGAGCUGACUAAAAAACUGGAGGAGAUAAGUUUAGACUGUGACCAAACGUCUUCACAAGAGCUGUCACCGGAGCCUGAACACUUUGAGCAGCUUGAGAUGACUGAAGAGCCAGUGCAGAUCCAAGCACAGGUGCCUGAGCAGGUUGAGAUGACUGAAGAGCCCGUGCAGAUCCAAGCAGAGGUGUCACAUCAAGCAGAGGAGCGGCACUCUGAAGACCAGUUAGGAGAAGCUCUGGAACCACAGGCGGAAGUGACAGAAGAGUCGACUCAACCCGAAAACGCUGACCCCCCUGAGGAGUCUACUCCGUCAGAGCAGACAGUUUGUGUUGAAGCUGAAGACCCCGGAGUGGCGGAGCAGCAAGAACAGACGGAGCCACCGGAGCAGAAUGAGCAAACGGCCGACUCAUCGCAACCAACGCUCUCUGAGCAGCCCGUGCUACCAGAGGAGACUGAUGAGCCCCAAAUAACAGAGCAGCUGUCUGCUGAGACUGAGGUCGCACAGCAGACUGCAGAGAUCAAUCAGGUGGACAAACAGGCUGAGACGCCACAUCAGGCUGAAGACGUCGCAGGUAGCGGGGACGGAUCUGUGCAAACGGUUGUAGCCAAUGGAGAGCAACCCAAACCCCCCGAGACAACAUCACCUCUUAUCAACGGAGGUGAAGUGGAGAGAGAGAUGGCCCGAAGCCUCGCUGAGCGGCUGUAUAAGUUGGACGGGAUCCCGCGUGUGGAUGUGGUGAAGCAUUUAGACAAAGAUAACGACUACAGUCGUGCUGUCGGCGAGGAAUAUCUGAAAUUCUUUGACUUCACCGGGCAACCUCUCGAUCAUGCCCUGAGAUCUUUCCUAAAAGUUGUGGUGCUGAUAGGAGAGACUCAGGAGAGAGAGCGCGUGCUGCAGCAUUUCGCCUGCCGCUUCCAGCAGUGCAACCCCGACUCGUUCUCCUCUUCAGGAUCUGUGUUGGCUCUUACAUGUGCUUUGAUGCUUCUCAACACUGACUUGCAUGGGCAGAACGUAGGAAAAUCCAUGUCCUCUUCUAAGUUUGUGUCCAACUUGGAUGGGAUGAAUGAAGGAGAAAACUUCAACAAGGACCUCUUGAAAAGUCUUUACAAUUCCAUAAAGAGUGAACCGCUGGAGUGGGCCGUUGACGAGGAGGAACUGAAGAACACCGUGCUGGCAGACGAAGACGCAGCAGACGACGCGCCGUUGCGUUCAAAAGCCAACCCCUUCCAGGACGUUCCUCAUGACAAAACGGCCUCCGUGGUCAAAGAGGGAUUCCUGCAGAGAAAGCUCCAUGCUGACAUUGACGGCAAACGCACUCCGUGGGGGAAAAGAAGCUGGAAGACUUUCUACGGAGUGCUGAGGGGAAUGGUGCUUUACUUACAGAAGGAUGAUAGGAAGGACCAGCCGACUAACGAGGAGGUGGUGAGUGUGCAUCACUCUCUGGCCGAGCAGGCAGCCGAGUACACCAAGAAGCCGCACGUCUUCCGUCUGCAGACAGCCGACUGGAGGGUGUUCCUCUUUCAGGCCUCAUCCAAAGUGGAGAUGAAUUCAUGGAUCAGCCGCAUCAACCUGGUCUCGGCUCUUCACUCCUCGCCUCCGUUCCCCGCCGCCGUCGGCUCUCAGAGGAGGUUCUUCAGGCCGAUCCUCCCCGCCUCGCAGUCCGCCCACACUCUGGAACGCCAGCUGCAGUCUCACACAGGAAUGUUGGAGUCCUUCAAGGCAGACCUGUCGUACUUGCAGCAAAACUUACCAGAGGGCAAAAAAGCCAAAGCUAAGGAGCUAGAGGAGCAUCGCGUCAGAGCAGAGUAUCUGCAGCAUGAGAUGUGCCGCUAUGAGAUCUACAUUCAGGUGCUGGAGUCCUGGAAGAGUGUGAAAAAUACAGGAGAUGGCAUGUUGAGCAUCGCAGACCUGAACCAGUUUGAUAAAGCCGUGUGUGCAGACUCUGUGGGGGAAGAAGACGAGGACGAGGGGCUGAAAAAGUCCCACUCCAGCCCCUCUCUGGAGCUGGAGCUGCUUCCUCCGACGGUCAUCAAAGUCAGACGCAACAUCUCAGAAAGACGGACUUACCGGAGGACCAUCAUUCCUCGAUGGAACAAAGAGGCCUGAACGGUGUUUUAGAGUUUUUCUGCAUUUUUAUCUGGUGCACUUUUAUGAAAAUCAACCUCAGGGAGUCCCUAACCCUCAACCUCACUCGCUCUGGUUAGAGGGUGGACAGCCUGAUUCAUUUGUUGAGUGACUCAUAAUGUCUGGAGCUAAUUUAUUUUAGUUUUGUUGUGUUAAACUUUGAUCUGCAGUAAAGUCAGUGAAACCUGGCUCUCAUUCCUUAUUUUACUUUGGGCAGAAAUGUGCCUUUAAAACUUAAACCACUAGAGGGUGCCGUAGCACAGCACAUCUUGGAGUGAACGAAGGACGUGUUGUCAGGUAGUUUUAAACUUGUUUUUAAAAGAAUCCUAAUUGCACUUUUAUUGUUUCGAAUAUUCUGUAUAACGUUGAUUUGUUUUCUGUAAUUGUUCAUGAAGUUUGUGUUACUGUUACAUAUGUUUUCUAAACGAAGGGUUCAUUGUCAAAAUAUUCCGUGUUGUGUUUCUCCUCAAGGAAGAAUAAAGUGUUAUUUCUGUUCAUGAUUAA